AUUCUUAGAAUACGGACUGUUAGUAGAAUGUGAAUCAGAAUAUAAUACCCCUAUAUUACCAGUGAAGAAAUCAGGAGGCAAGGAAUACCGACUGGUCCAGGACUUAAGAGCCAUAAAUCAAAUAGUUCAAGAUAUACACCCAGUAGUGGCUAAUCCAUACACUUUACUGACAUCUUUGAAGGAGGAACAUAAAUGGUUUACUGUACUGGAUUUAAAGGAUGCCUUCUUUUGCAUACCUCUGGAUGCAAAAAGUCAAAGCAUAUUUGCUUUUGAAUGGGAAAGUCCUAAUACGGGACGAAAAAUGCAACUAACAUGGACUGUACUUCCACAAGGAUUUAAAAAUAGCCCCACAUUAUUUGGAAAUCAAUUGGCAAAAGAGUUAGAAAUGUGGAAGAAACAGAAUCAAGGAGACGGUAUAUUAUUACAGUAUGUGGAUGACAUUUUGAUAGCAGCAAAAAGCAAAGAAACAUGUUUUGAAAUGACCAUCAGUUUACUGAAUUUCCUGGGCCAAGGAGGAUACAGAGUUUCCAGAAACAAAGCCCAGAUAGGGAAAGAAGCAGUGAUUUAUUUGGGAUUUGAGAUAUCUCAAGGACAGAGACAAUUGGGAAAUGAAAGAAAAGAAGCCAUUUGUCGGAUCCCUGAACCUAACAGCCCAAAGGAAUUGAGAGCCUUUCUGGGAAUAAUUGGGUGGUGUCGACUCUAGAUUUUAAAUUAUGGACUGUAUGUGAAACCCCUAUAUGAAGCCUUGAAGGAAUCCAAAGACCGAUAUUUGAUUUGGACACCUGAAUGCCACAAAUCAUUUAAAGAACUCAAAAAGGCAUUGAUGACAGCCCCCGCAUUGGGUUUACCUGACUUAACCAAACCUUUUGAGCUGUUUGUUCACGAAAGGCAACAUUUGGCCCUUGGAGUACUGGCGCAACGGCUGGGAUCCUGGAAGCGACCAGUGGGAUACUUCUCUAAACAACUUGACAACGUGAGUAAAGGAUGGCCGGGAUGUUUGCGUGCCGUGGCAGCGACAGUGCUGCUGAUCCAGGAAGCCCGAAAAUUAACCAUGGGCCAAAAGAUAGUGGUAUAUGUACCACACAUGGUUAUAACUGUCUUGGAACAAAAGGGGGGUCACUGGCUAUCCCCUAGCAGAAUGUUGAAAUACCAGGUUGUCCUAUUGGAACAAGAUGAUGUGGAAUUAAAAGCCACAGCAAUUGUAAAUCCAGCAAUGUUCCUGACAACAGAAAAUCCUACUGAGAAAUUGGAACACGAUUGCUUGGUAACUAUUGAACAAGUUUAUUCCAGCAGACCGGACCUGAAGGACGAACCUUUGAAGGAUCCUGAUCUGGAACUGUUUACGGAUGGAAGCAGCUUUGUGCAAGAGGGAAGGCGAAUAGCCGGAUAUGCUGUUGUUACCACUGACAAGGUAUUGGAGUCAGGGACACUACCUGCAAAUACAUCAGCGCAGAAAGCAGAAUUGGUGGCGCUGAAGCAGGCUUUACGGAUGGCAGAAGGGAAAAGGGUAAACAUUUGGACGGAUUCUAAAUAUGCAUUUGGUGUGAUCCACGCUCAUGGAGCCAUCUGGAAAGAAAGAGGACUGUUGUCAGCCCAGGGCUCACCUAUAAAAUAUAAGGAGGAAGUUCUUCAACUUUUGCAAGAUGUACAGAAACCAAAGGAAGUGGCUGUAAUGCAUUGCAAGGCUCAUCAGUUUGGUCAAACUGCUAUAAAUAUAGGUAAUCGAUUGGCGGAUAAAGCUGCAAAAGAGACUGCAGAACGAGGUAUCCUUGCAUUAAUACCAGUAAAACAGAUAAAAAUUCCAAAUUUAAAAGCAAGAUACAGUAAGCUAGACGAACAACUAGCAGAGAACUUAAAGACAUCCCAAAAUGCGGAAGGAUGGUGGGUAACACCAGAGAAUCAGGUAAUAGUGACCCCACAAGUUAUGACAGAACUUGCAAAGGAAGAACAUGAACAGACACAUUGGGGUGUGGAUGCUAUGGUUACAAAUUUGAGAACAUCUGUAGUGUGUGUAGGAAUGACAGGAAUAAUUAAAUCAAUAAUAGCUAAGUGUCCAAUUUAUCUUAAAAAUAAUCCCUUAAACCAGAGGAAAGCACCUUUAGGAGUAACAAAGCAGGGUAAUUCCCCAGGAGAUUAU